UUUCCAUAUUAAAAAAAGGAAAAAAAAAACAUAAUAAAUAUUCCACAUUUCUAUUAUAAAAAUCUGCACGGUUAUACCCGAAAGAAAUUUGAAUUUUUCUCACAUAACUUGGAAGACUGUUUAAGAAUUUGAGAUGGGCUAAAGUAAGACAAAAACACGUGCAAAUAAGCAUUGACACUUUCCCGCUCGUUAAACAUUUAGUCAUGACAGAAUAAAUUCCAGUGGCAAUGUGUUUUUCUCUACGAUAACAUCACCUUUGUAAAGUUCUAAGACGUCUUCCAUGAUGGAUCAUGUGGCGAAAAAUACGACUGCUAUUUGUCACGGAUAAUCAUUGAACGUGCGUGGUUUGCCAACCCAAUGCUUAAAAAAAAAAUACACCUCAUACUCUUGAUUCCUUAACAUUUACAUUAUAAUUUAUAAGUACCGAUAUAGAUAAAAAUUGAGGGAGUGUCGAGUAGAAGCUUUAAUAAUCUUUACAUAAUUCAGAAUUCAAGAAACCAAUUCGUUAAUCAAGAUUUGAGGAACGUAAGAGAAAUUAUUAAUGAGACUAAAGUUAACCCACGCAACUAGUUGCUCACUUAUUGUCUGGACAGAUUUAGAUCUCAUGCCCUUGAUUUGUUUAUAAGACACUCCAACAACCCACGAACUCUCAGUUGUUCAUAAAUCGCCGAGUUUAGUACAAUGACAUCCGAGAGUCUUGGAUAUUUAUUCGACGUUAGUAGCACCCUUGGAGUGACCUUUAACGUUUUCUAUACGCUUUAUAGAAUUAGAAGAAAGUUGACCUUUGACCCGGCUAGUAAGUUAGUUAAGAUAUUCCAUUUAGGUACGUGGAAAUUCGAAUCUCGGAUGCGCUUUCGACCUUGGUUUUAACUAUGAUUUAUGCGAGGAUAUUUUAGAAAUUUGUAUUUAUAACAUCUUUUUAAGUCGACCACGUUUAAGAUCUUACGUGCCUUUGAUAAUUUGCAUGUUUUUUUUCUUUCUUUUUGGAGUGAAUAAUAAUAUCCUUUCGUGUGUAGAAACGGUAGCGAAAUAUCGAAAUGACUCCUCCUCGGGCAGUGUCUGCAAAUCCAGGUUUUUAGGUUGUUUUGCUACUUUUAAACACCCUUAAAUUUAGGUCAUAACAUCGGGGGACCAUCUUUUCUCUGUAACUAGUUCGGUGGAUACAUUUUGAAUUCAAAUAUUCGAAGGAGAAACGAUUAAAAGUUGCUGUUAAUCUGCUCUCCUCGCUUAAAAUUGCUGAGUAAAUGCGAGAGAUCAAUCUGGUUUCGGCGACGAUCUUGUUCCCCAAUGACCCAAAGAAAUAAAAACUUUAAGUUAUGUAAACCUGUUUGAUAUCUCAACCGUCUUACGAACCGAUAACCGCUAGUCACACACCUGUAGACGAAACCAGAAAAAAAAUUAAAAAACAAAAAAAAAGAAAGAAACCAGCGAUCACGGACAGUUGUAACCUUGACAAGAGAGUGGCCGCGUGGAAGAACCCCAGCUGACAACCAGUUACCUCUUAACGCCACCAGGUGGCUUUAUGUCGCUUUUUUAGCUUCUCCUUUCUUGUUUUAGCUUCAUUUUGCUUCUUCGCUCAAAGACGAUUGGUCGAAAUGUACUUCAGAUCGAAAUCGAUGUGUAUCAUCAGCAAAACGACUUGAAAAUAAAAAUAAAAGUCCAUCGAGUGUCUCCACAUAUUUGUGUUCACGUAGGAAGAUAAAGGCAGGUCGCUGCGGUCAAUUUCCUAGAAACUAGACGUUUAACUUUCAAGCUAAUCACACGAGCAGAGCGAGAGUCGUGGGGAGAGAUAAACCACCCAUUCCCCAAGUGUGGCCUCCCCUCAACCACACUCUACCAUCCGAUACUUGCAAGACGUAUGCAGAUAUUUGGCUUACUUUCUUGAUAUCUGCAUUGGAAAGAUGGAAAAUUGUUCCGGAGGAGUCAUUUGUUUAGAAAGAAACUCCACUGAAUCCAGCAUUCAGAUGAGAAGUGAUCUUUGGGUGGUGCCAUUGCUUAUUGUUUCUUCUAUCAAUGUUCUCGUCAUAACUGUAUUCGAGAUAUUUGUUCUAUACAAAGCAUACGGAACAAACCCAAAUCGCAGACAUCUUUUCCUAGGACAGAUGCUCCUUUUGGGAUUAUUUCUAUGCUCCUCGUUAGGUUUUGCUUUUGUGCCAAGAGUCCACUGGAUAUCAUGUUCCGUUAUCCGUCUGGGACUGGGGUUAUCCUAUGCCCUUGUGUUCUCGACUUUAAUGGUGAAAUGCGUGUUUCUGCUAAGCUUAAGUUCUGGCGUGUACCUGCCUCCGGGAUAUCAAGGCCUACUUCUGUUUUUUGCUAUGGCCGUUCAAAUCGUCAUCAGCAUACAAGGAUACGUACAAAGGCCUUCGGACGUAAUCGUUACGGAUGGAGUGGCCAAAUGUAGCACCUCCAUGACAGAACACAUCUAUUCUUUAUUAUACAUUGUGUUUCUCAUCUUAAUAGUGGCUCUUUUAGCCAUAAAAGCACGAGGACUGCGUGAGAAUCAUCGUGAAUCCAUGUUUAUUGGCAUCGCAGUCGGUCUAAGCAUUCCCAUGUGGUGUGCGUGGAUAGCCAUACCAUUGACUGCUUCCAGUACCUAUUACGAUCCCUACGUGGCAUUCGGAAUUGUAUGUAAUGCCACUAUGGUAUUUCUGGUCAUGUUUCUACCCAAAGGACGUCAGUUAGCAGCCAUGGGAAGGGAGGGACUUUAUCCAGAAGACAGAGACGAAUUCUCAUCUCCGUAUCAAUCCAUCUAUACAUCAUCAUUCCUUCAUGUGAAACCUCCUCCCAUGUCUAAUCAAGGUACUCUCAUCAAACCAGCCGUCACUCCUACGUCACAAGAAGGCAUAUUUUAUUUUCCUUCUCCGCCGACAAGGGUGUGGCGUUACGGUCAUCCAGCCAAAUCGCCAGUGUUGCCAGGCCGUCCGGAAGAUAGUUAUUUUUAUCCAGGAGAAAGAACAUUUUCCUGUAAUCCUAAUGUCAAAUUCUAUCGAGGACCACUUUAUUGAUCUCGUCAGCAGUUAAAGUAUAAAAACUUGGAAAAAGACAUACUUUUUUUCGUGUGUACGUGUGUGUGUUUCAAUUAUCGCCAAUAACUAACCAAAUUUUUUAACUGUUUAUUUUUUUUUUAAAUUUCGCGGCUGCUGCUGCUGCUGCCUAGAUCUCAAGACACCUCUCAAGAAAAGUGAUGAGGAGAAUGUAGACACUAAUGAUAUUAUACAUUCUGUAUUCUCAAUCAUGUUUACUCAUGUUAUCUGUCAAGUUGAUAAUGACGCGAGUCACACAUGCCAGAAUACAUCCCAUCAUUUUGUCAGUAGUGAUGCCAUUUCUUCCUUUUUUUUUUUAUAUUUUACAACUUCGCUCCUCGCGAACAAUGAAUAGGACCGAGCGCAGCUUUCAUGUCAACUUAAGUACUAAUUUAUUAUGUUUUGUUGGAUAUAUUCAGUUUUUUUCGGAUGCCUCAUCAAAUUUGCCAAUAAAAAAAAAGCAUUUUUUUUUUAAAUUUUAUUUUCUAAGUCGACAUUUUAUUGUUUUAUUCACCAUAGAAAAGGGGGAUGUAGAUGUGUCGAAUUUUAUCAUAAUCUUUAACGUCUUACGAAGAAUCCCUUCACGAAUAACCUAAUAUUAACUAUGCAGGUGCGUCUGUCUGUCUGAAGUACUCCUGUUGCAGGUGUGGUUCCACUUUCUCUAAUCGACUUGUACUCAAUUUUUUAAGAGGGGUACAGCAGGUGAUGUUUUGUUUUAAGCAUUUGAUAAACAGUAAAAAACACGGAGUUUGUAAAUUAGAAUCAUUCACCAACGUUUAUUUGUGUAUAGAGUAGAUUUUUAAAGUAUUUUUUUUACAAUUCCCGUGUUGAAAAGUGAAUCGCAACAACGUGUUGUAUCUAAAACAUCACGAAGUGAUGCUUCUCGCUGGUAACAGUACUUUACCUUGUUUCGAUUCACAAGUACAUAAAGUACUUUGAACUUGUCGGGGGGAGAAAGUACGAAGAAGAUGAUUUUGUUCUGCAUGUUUCAAACAUUUUAACAAGUAACAGCUGGCUCCAUAUCUCGUUAUCAAGUCUGAAGAUAACCUUCAGAUGACAGAUUUCGUUCUACGUGGGAUAAGGUUCAAAACAAGGGAUCCCUUGUUUAAAAAAAAAAAAAAAGCAUAUUUCGUGUCUUCGAAACUUAUAAUAAUACUAAAUAUACAUCCCGAAUCUUUAAUUUUAGGUAAAAAAUACUUAAAUUAUAACCAUUUUUCCUAUCAUAACUCGUGAAAAAUAAGAUGAAGACACUUGAAGCAUUUAUGGUCUGAAG